GAUCGCCAGCUGACAAGCGCUGUGCUCGUAGUGCGUCGAAGCUCACGCGCGGAGAAUUGGGUCCCUGAAAGUACAAUCAGGGAUUUCAAUUUUUUUGAAUCCCGUUUACACAUUUACUGACACACAUCUGUAAUUUUUCAAACAUCUAAAUUCAUGUUUUACAUUACUGUAUGGGGACCUGAACGAUGCUGGGUGCGACUCACUAUUGAACUGGACGUUUAAAAAAAACACUCUUCGUUCGGUUAUGGAGCCACAACCUAGAGAAUCAGAUGAUUUACAGCCCCAAGACCUUUCCUCCACCUGUAGCCAUGCUGCGAUGGACUUGACUAGGAAAGGUGAGGAAUGCCUCCUGAAAACCAGCUCUGUAGAUGCCAUAAGGGUGGUCAAGCCUUCAAGCUGGUACCCAGGCUCUGGGGGCAGCAAGGGACUCCCCUUCCCAAAUACUGACCCUGAACACAGGCUUCAACCAGGAGACCAAAUCCAGCCUGAUAAUGCUUUCUCAAACACUACAGUCACCCUCUCCUAUGUGAGCCGGUCUCAUGUCUUCUCCACCCAUGACACUCUCUCCCAGCAUUCCACUCUCUAUGGUGUCCCGUCGAUCAGCAAGUUCUCAACAUUGGAUGGAUACCUGCAGCAGGUGGAUAGACCUCUGGGCUUAGUGCCUCAGUCUGAAAUGUUUGACUCUGUGUCUCCAGCAGCCCCUGUGGUGGUUGAGAGUGUGGCAGCAGUUCCUUUAAUGCAGCACACUCAUGAAAUCAACGGCAGUCGAAUGGCUACCAGCGGAGGGGUGGAAAAACACAAGCCUCAACAGAGAGGGAAUUCAAAGGAAAACUGUAUUUUUCAGGUCACAGACAACAACAGAGGACUGCAGAAUGGCAGGAGUGACAACUGGCCCAAUUCUGCAAUCUGUAUUGAUUCCUCCCCAGAGCUCCUCACAACAGAUUUGGAGGAGAAGGAACAAAGGAGUGCAGACACAGAGGUUCUUUUUCUUAUCUCAAGAACGGAGGAGCCAGUCAUACUCCAGGACAGCAGGAGUCCCAGGGACCUUUGUUCUACCAGUAGGGAGUAUAUCAGUUCACUGCAGGACCCGGUCUCUCCAUCUGCUACCUCAUUGGAUAAUGCAGAUUUGUUCAUUCUUCCUCAGGCUUCCUGUUCACUCAGUGCUGUUAACUCUUUUGCAGAUAAGACUGCAGAUACCCACUGGGAUGAUCUGGCGAGCCGUGGGCCUCAACUGUCUGGGCUAUCAGGGGAGGGGACAGUACAGGGGACACAGGCGAACAGUGAUAACACCUCAAGGUCAGAUAUCAGCAAGGACUACCAGCAGCCCAUACAUAACACCAAGGCAGUUUCAGAGCCUGUUGUUGACUUGACGGAAGACGAGAGCAUUGUGCCCCAGGUUGUAGAAAACAAACCCAAGGAGUCGGUUACUUCUAACCAGAAUGGUAAGGCAAAGGCAGAGCAAAGGACUUUUGAGAGGAAGAAACUCCCCCCUCGCUCAGGCAGGGGAACAAGGUUAGAGGCCAUAGUGAUGAACAUAAACCCUAAUUGGUAUAAAGUAUCCACUAAGAAGCCCAAGGUUUCAAAGACCCAGAUCCAACCCUUGACAAAUUCCCAAAAUCAGACCCAGAGCAGUCCAUCUGAAGCUGCAGUUAGUCAAACUCAGACCCAGAGCAGUCCAUCUGAAGCUGCAUUUAGUCAAACUCAGACCCAGAGCAGUCCAUCUGAAGCUGCAUUUAGUCAAACUCAGACCCAGAGCAGUCCAUCUGAAGCUGCAGUUAGUCGAACUCAGACCCAGAGCAGUCCAUCUGAAGCUGCAGUUAGUCGAACUCAGACCCAGAGCAGUCCAUCUGAAGCUGCAGUUAGUCGUACUCAGACCCCGAGCAGUCCAUCUGAAGCUGCAGUUAGUCAAACUCAGACCCAGAGCAGUCCAUCUGAAGCUGCUGUUAGUCGAACUCAGACCCAGAGCAGUCCAUCUGAAGCUGCUGUUAGUCGAUCUCAGACCCAGAGUUGUCCAUCUGAAGCUUCUGUUAGUCGAACUCAGACCCCGAGCAGUCCAUCUGAAGCUUCUGUUAGUCGAACUCCGACCCCGAGCAGUCCAUCUGAAGCUUCUGUUAGUCGAACUCCGACCCCGAGCAGUCCAUCUGAAGCUUCUGUUAGUCGAACUCAGACCUGGAGCAGUCCAUCUGAAGCUUCUGUUAGUCGAACUCAGACCCGGAGCAGUCCAUCUGAAGCUGUUGUUAGUCGAACUCAGACCCGGAGCAGUCCAUCUGAAGCUGCUGUUAGUCAAACUCAGACCCGGAGCAGUCCAUCUGAAGCUGUUGUUAGUCGAACUCAGACCCGGAGCAGUCCAUCUGAAGCUGCUGUUAGUCAAACUCAGACCCGGAGCAGUCCAUCUGAAGCUGCUGUUAGUCGAACUCAGACCCAGAGCAGUCCAUCUGAAGCUGCUGUUAGUCCUAACCAACAGAUAUCAUCUGCGUCUAGCUCUGAGGGAGAGACUAAAGUAAAGCCAGCCAAAGGAAAGGCAGUAGUUGCCUCAACAAAAUGUUCUAUAGAUAGCAUUAACAUUCACAUAGACAGUGGCAGAGAGUCUACCUCAGAGUCAGAGCACGCCGUGUUUUUCAAAUACCCAGACAGCAGCACAUCUCCGAAAGCCUCCAGUCCAUCAUUUCUUCCGGACAAACACAUUGAGAAUGAGUAUGAACUCAGAGGGUCAUCCUCAGAGGUGGAUGUAGUGAGUUUAUUACCACCAUCUAAGGUGUCUGAAAGAAGUCCUGGGAAGCAAAAGGCUAAGAAUACAAGCUGCAAAGCUGCCUUUCCAAUCACGAAAACAACAAAGGUGACUCCUGCUCCCAAAAAGAAACGGAAAAAACCCAGACCUUGCCAGUCCUCCAUAUUCUCCCCUCAGGAGCCUGAGAUCAAACUCAAAUACAUCAACUACAAGGAGGAGAAGAGGGACGUGAGGGGGGAGACGUUCUCUCCAUUCAUUCAUGUUGAACGUAAGUCUGCCUCCACCUCCCCUGCCAACUGUACGGUCAUUAACUACCCGGAGGAAGAGAAACCCAGGCAGAAGGGCCAGCGUCAAAUGCAGGCUGCAGGCUCCGCCUCCGGGAGCUUCAUUCCUGGGGCCAUACCCUCUACCUCCUGCCUCCAGCUGGGCCGCGUCUCCACCCACAGCAAGUACUGCAACACCCUGGUCUGCUGCCUCUGCGGUGGUUCAGCUAACGCCUUGGACCUGGGGGACCUCCACGGUCCAUACUACCCUGAGGGAUACAGGCCUAGCUCUAAAGCCCCGGCCAGUACCCCAGGCCUCAAAGAAGAGGAGGAAGAGGAUUUCAGUGACUCUGACUCCUCCUGUAGCCUGAGAGGCAGGGGCCGGAAGUAUGCUCGGCCCCCAGGGGUCCCUUGGCCCCACAAACCUGGCCCCCGGCUGAACCAGGAGGGCCUGCUCGGGAGGUGGACCAGUGACAGCGCUCCCUCCGGCAGCCCUCCAGCUAAGAGGGCCAGGACACAGGCUGGGGUUGGGGUCACCUCUGGGGCUGUGGCUGCGUUAGAGGACUGGUACAGUCCCCCUGUGGUCCCUUUGGAGCAGUGUGAGUACUGGCUCCAUGAGGACUGCUGCAUCUGGGCUGCAGGUGUGUUCCUGGUGAAAGGGAGGGUCUACGGCCUGGAGGAGGCAGUCAAGGUAGCUCAAGAAACGAUGUGUUUGCGCUGCCAUAAAACAGGUGCCACAUUGGGCUGCUUUUUAAAAGGAUGCCCCAAUAAGUAUCACUACAGGUGUUGUCUACAGUCAGACUGUGUCCUCAAUGAAGAGAACUUUUCCAUGAAAUGCACCAAGCACAAGAACAAGUCAUUCAAAAGCCCUCCUGGGGGUCGAAGAGAAGACAGGUGACACAGCCUGGAGACCAUCUGAAUACUCAUGAUGGUGUUCAGCUAUGGCAUUUUGCAAGUUAUCUCCUGUGAGCCUGGUAACAGUGGAAUGGACUGGAAUGCUGUCCUCUGACAGCUGCGCUGGGACAGAAUGCAACCACCAACUAACCUUAACUGGUUUUCUACUCUUUCUGGAACUGGUCUGCUUUCUUCACCGCUUAGUGUUCUUGUCUGCACAGUUUAGGUUGUAGACCACGGCUGUCCUAAUGUCCUGUUACCUCUCAGUCCUUCACGUGGAACUGGACUGGCAGUGCAGGCUGCUUCAUGGGCAAAUGACUGAACCGAAUACAGGAAAUUGGGUAAACCAAGGUCCCCAAUAGAUAAGUGUUUUCAUGUCAUGAUAGCAUGCUCAAAGUGCUAUCAAUUUGUAGUUAUUUAUUAACAAAAAGGUUUGUCCCUUUUAAAAAAAAAAAAAAAUAAUCUGUAAAUAUUCAUAAUGCAAUCUGAGAUAUUUAAUUUUUGUAAAGCUUUGUAUGUGAUUAUAUUUGCCGUAUUUAUUUUUGGGGGGUAUCUUGUGGCUUUUGUUUUGACUUUGCAAUUCACCCAGAGGUGUAUUUGUUUGUCUAAGUUAUUAUUAAGAACCUGAAUGCUGAAGACUCCACUGUGUAAAGGUGCUGGUGGCUGUAAAGGAGUGCUGAACAGACUGCAGAAUGGUCUAGUAUUCCCAUGGUCGUGUAUCAAUAUUUUUUUACAGAACCAGUUCCAUUACCAUACAGCUAGCUACCUGUUAAUAUCUGUUAAUAAAGGACCAUGCUUUCCUAUAAGUCUAUCUUGACAGGUUUAUUCUCAAGCUGUAAAUAAUACCUGAUUAAUCGGGUUCGUUCUGAUUUACAGAGAUUAGGCAAGACCUGCAAUUCAACUGAUUACUUGCACUUAAGUUUGUCAGUCCAUUUAAUAAUUAUAUGAAGGCUUGUUGAGGACAUUGUAGCUGUACUGUACAAUAUUCUUGUGAAUGUACUGCCUCUAGAGAGGAGGGAUGAUGCUGAAAGCACUUUGGGGUGGCACUGACCAUAUAGAUAUGUUAAAUACUGGCUGCAGUAUUAUCGCCCCCCCCAUUGUGGUGUUGGUACUAUCAGUACAGAUCUUUAAUUUAUCUGGUUAAUUUCUUUGGGGCCAUGGCUGUAUCCAUCUUACUAAGACUCCCAUCAGAAGUGAUUUUGUCUUUUUCUUUCCCUGUAGUCUGCUCUCGGCUUUCCUCUUCAGUUUUGACUGAGACUAUAUACGCUUUUGGUUUUUUAAUUUUCUUGAAUGACCACGGUAAUAUGCCAACACUAUCAUUCUUCAUAAUCAAUUUCAGAUUUUCUGACAGUGGCGUACCUUUAUUUGUCUUUGUGUGAAAUGCUAGUGCCAGUUAAAUUCACUUUACGUAAACAGACUUGAUUUAGAGAACCUCAGUGUUUUUCUGUUGAAUUCUAACAAUUCGGGACUGUGGAGCUACAGUUGGUCUCCAGUUUCUAACAGUCUACAACAUGUAGGGGUUUUCCGUUUUGCCCUGAUCAGCCUUUCAGCUCUGUCAACAUUCUUCAAUCUGUCUGAAGUUCUCUCUACAGAACUCUUCUAAAGCCUUAUCAGUACUACUAGAGCUCUUUAUUUUCUUAACCUUCAGCAGCUUUGGUGCAAUGACAAAUCAGUGGGUGUCCAGUACAUUGCCUUCUGUCGGACAUCUACACAACUAACCAGGGCAGCUUGCAUGCUGGUUUGGCUGCAGAUCUAGGCCUGGAUGUAAACGGAGGUUCAGGGUUCUCUUAGAUGUGCGUUGUCUGGUGGUUAUCGUCUCUGUGUACUUCUCCAUAGCGACAGUUGGGGCAGUGUUGUUCUACAUGAGACCCAUGAAGCCCUUAUUUCAGGUCUUACAGGGAGACGGUGAAUGUUACCACAGGCCACUCCCUGAGAGGGUUCGAAACGCCACAACGCAUACACACAUGGACCUACUCCAAAACCCACCCUAGGAGUGCAGGUGGAAUAAAGGGCCAAGGAGCUGGGCUUAAUUUCUAUGUCGAAUGCCAGUAUGGCUACUGGAACAUAGCUAUAUUAAAACCAACCUACCAACACAUUUCUCUGUUUUGUGCCAUCCUUAGUUUCUUUUUAUGUAGAUGUAUUUGCUGCAAUGAAAGUGACUUUUAAUUAGCCAAGUGAUAAUUUGCUAAAUGAGCUACUGCUGUUAUUGUCACUUACUUACUCUAAUCAAACUAAUGCAUUUUACCAAAUAUGACUUUUGGACUAUUAUUUACAUGGUUAAGAAAUGUUUGUUUGUAUUUGUAUGUCAAAAUCUCAGGGCUGAGUCAAUCAUCCAAUGAUUCUAUUAGUUUUUUUGUUUUUGGCAUAUGGUGUUAUUUAUCACACAUGGACUGGAGAAACUCAAAGUAGUAUAACCUUUUUUAUAAUACAGUCUACUUGUUGAUCUUGUCAUGGUCACUUUGCUGGUGUAACCUGCCACCACAUUCCCAUGCCUCAUCUAUAUUAGUUAGUUGUCAAUGUGUUUUAUUUGUUUUGGGGGGGGGGUAAUAUUUGACACAGACAGCAAACAGUAAUGUCACUACUCUCUUUAUUUUAAGGCAUCUUUACAGGUGCUCUUUUGUAAUAUGUUGCUUCCUCCUGGGUGACAGGUAAACCUAACUGUCGAAUAAAUGUUGUUGAACCCC